AUGAUUCCGACAAGCAUGGGCAUGAUCCUCGCUAACUAUCGCCCUCAAUACAUCCCAUGCGUUCAUAAAUGGAUCAAGAGAGUUUCCUGGGCUGCAAUGAUAGUGAUUUCGUUAUUCGCGAUUUACGCCAACUAUUACAUCUUCUGGCUGAUCACAUGGCCAAUUGUUCUCUGCGGUUGCGCACUACCUUGGCUUGGAUAUCUCACUGCUUUCGUGGUAGCUACUACGCUUCGCCAGCAAUUCAAAGAUGCCCUUACGAUAGCAAUCGAGACGGGAAUUCAAAACAUCGGUAUCGCAAUGUUGCUAAUGGUGUGGUGCCUUCCCGAACCGGAGUCGGACAUCGCCGUCACGAUCAUCUUUGUCACGGCCAUCAUGACUGAUAAGCCUUUGGUUAUUAUAUGGCUGAUUUCAAGGAUCUACAAAAAAUGCUGCAAAGGGGACACAGUAAAACAGGUGGAUAGUGAUUUGGAGACGAAGAAAGUAGGCGACAUGUCAUCAGUAACAAUCAGCACCCAGCUGUCUGACUCAUUGGAACCUGAGCCGUUCAAAAGAAAACCCAGUCAUGAAAUGAAGCACUGGUAG